ACAUCACAACCCACGUUGACUGCAGCUGAGCUACCGAGGAGUUUUUAAUUUGCCUUGUCGGUCUAAUCCUAACCAUUUCUAAUAGUACUUUUUAUUCAUUAUUAUUAGUAUUAUUAUUUUCUGAGUGAACAUCCGUUUGCGCCCUUGCUAAUGCUAACUUAACUAGCUUCCGUGAAUAUUAGCAUAACACCGACGCUAGCUGGCGUGGCUUUAAAAACAACAAAUAGUUCAUUUGGCAUUAUUUGUUUGGAUAACGCGGAGGAAUUUACGUGUGUUUUGGUGGGGGGGAGGGGGGGGAGAAAAUGUCCAGCGGUCGCAGCGGAGACGUCGUCGAGCAGGUGAGCCGGCUGUGGUCCAUGCUGGAUGAUCUCUGCCUGACUGACCCGGAGGCCUACCGGAGCUUCGUGGAGAAGCAGGUGACGUCAGGGCUGGACUACAACACGCCGCCUCGCGUGGAGUCAUGUAUACGCACGGACGUGGUGGAACCAAGAGGCCUGCUGUACAUCAACAUAUGCAGCUGGAAGCGUGUGCCGGCACCCCAGGAUCCGAGCGAGCCAUUACCUGUGUAUGCUGGAAGCCUGGAAGCGGACACAAAUAUAGCGAUCGACGGCGCGACGGAGAACUUCACCACGAUCAUCGGUGCGGUCGGCAGCCCGGAGACAGAGGAAGUCAACCCAACCACCGGUGGUCCCACGGUGCUGGACAUAGCGUUCAACCCCGAAGUGCUGCAGAAAUGCAAGAAAGACAAGGAGGAGAUGGACCAGGUGUACCUGCUGGCUCUGAGAUUUGUCCAGAAGCAGCAUGGGCUCAAACUAUCACAGCGGUACAUCAUAGUUAGCUUUUCCCCCAGAAAUGGCCCGGAGGACCUGCACCGACGCCUCGGCUUCCAGCAGCAGCGGGUGAACACGGACAAACAGUCAGACACAGCUACUCAGAGCCCAGAGUCUUUGUUGCAGCAGAUCUCUUCUCUGCGCGCACACAAAGAAGACACGGAGCUCCCGGCUGAUAUCGUCCGUGGGCCGGCGGUGCGCAAAAAGGGUCUGAUCGAGGUAAUCUCCUCCACCACGUUCCAGCGGCCCGAGAAGCCGGAGUGCCGACUGGAGGUGAAGGCGCACACGGAGGGAUUUCCCUGCAAGCUGGAGCUGACGGUGGAGCUGCCCAAGAUUAACUCCAUGUCAGAGUGGCAGCUGAAGAUGUCCAAGGAUGACGUCUUGUUGGAGGUGGAGGAUGUCUACUAUUUGCUGCUGGACUUUCCAAAAGCCGUCAAUGAAAACAGUGCGGUGGCCAUCUUCAACAAGAAGAGUCGAAGGCUGACUGUGACGGCGGAUAUUUUGUGACGCGUCUCGUUUGCUGCCAACUAUUCUACUCCUCGGUAAGGAAAGUAGCUAAAUAACGUCAUUGCCUCAUUUAAUUCAUGUAGCGUAUUUUUCAGACUAUAAGGCGCACUUAGAAUCCUUGCAUUUUUUCAAAACUCGACAGUGCGCCUUAUAACCCGGUGCACCUAAUGUACGGAAUAUUUUUGGUUGUGCUGACCGACCUCGAAGCUAUUUCAUUUGGUACAUGGUGGAAUGAUAAGUGUGACCAGUAGAUGGCAGUCACACAUAAGAGAUACGUGUAGACUGCAAAUAUGACUCAAGUAAACAACACCAACAUUUUAUAUGUUCCAUUGAAAAUAUAGAACAUUACACACGGCGCUCAAAAAUCUAUCAAAAUGUUUUAGUAGGACUUUGGUAAGCUAUGAAGCCACACCGCUUGAUGGAUUGUACUGUGCUUCAACAUAGGAGUAUUAUUAUGGUGUGUGAAUAAGGUAAGACAUUAUUUGGCAUUUUGUAUCACCAUAUGCAAAAGCAACUUUUCUUACCUUCUGGUACAUGCUGAUCUGUAUUUGGGAUCUGCAUAAGUCCUGAAAACUUGCGCGUGUCCGCCUUUGUAGUCCGUGACGAUACUGUAGUCGAUAAGCUUCUUCUUUUCCUCUAUCUUCUUGUUAUGGGACAUUCAUCCUCCGCUGUUGCCAUUUCUAAUAUAAAGUAGUGUAAAGUUCUUACUUAUAUCUGUCAGUAAACUCGCCAUGAAAGCGCUAAAUCAUACCGGUGUUGUGAGUUUACAUUACUCACCCAAGGAACUUUAGUUAUUGGAGGGUUCCCGUCAGACGGUUUUUCACAGGUUGUUGCACUAGUGAGCCACGGAUGAUGAGGAGAUGCUGCUCCGUUAUUGAUUGAAGUAAAGUCUGAAUGUCAUUAAAACAGUUAACGCCAUCUUUUGACACUUCUUCCACUCCCGUCCUUGCACGCU